AAGAAAAAGUAAGAGGGAAAGAAGCGAACCCCCGAUAGACCUACUGCGUUCGAGUUCUCUCUUUCUCCCCGCAAGCGGCGAAACCGACAUCCUCCGAUCCCUAAUCUCACCUUAGUUCCCCAAAUCCCCCCCAAUUCCCGACGAAACCCUAAUUUCUCAAUCCGAACCCCCAUCGUCCUCACCGCCACCACCGCCUACCCCGAUCGCUCCGCCGAUCGCCGCCGCGCUGACUCACGAGAUGAUCCCGGAGAUCGUCCCCCCGCCGCCUCCCGGCGGGGUGGGGGCGGCGGCGGCGGCGGCGGCGGCGCGGGACCUCUCGGCCUCCCCGACGAGCUCCCGCUCGGUGACGGAGACGGUGAACGGAUCCCACCGCUUCGUGAUCCAGGGGUACUCCUUGGCGAAGGGGAUGGGCGUGGGGAAGCACAUCGCCAGCGACAACUUCACCGUGGGAGGGUACCAGUGGGCGAUCUACUUCUACCCCGACGGGAAGAACCCCGAGGACAACUCCGCGUACGUCUCCGUGUUCAUCGCCCUCGCGAGCGAGGGGACCGACGUGCGCGCGCUCUUCGAGCUUACGCUCCUCGACCAGAGCGGGAAGGGGAAGCACAAGGUGCACAGCCACUUCGAUCGCUCGCUCGAGAGCGGGCCUUACACGCUCAAGUACCGCGGGAGCAUGUGGGGUUAUAAACGCUUCUUCAGGAGGACCGCUCUUGAGACAUCAGAUUUUCUUAAAGAUGACUGCUUGAAGAUAAACUGUACUGUUGGUGUCGUGGUGUCAGCUACAGAUUAUUCCAGACCACACUCAAUACAGGUCCCUGAUUCUGAUAUAGGAUUGCAUUUUGGUAUGCUUCUGGAGAAUCAGGAAGGUUCAGACAUUGUUUUUAAUGUGGCCGGGGAGAAAUUUCAUGCCCAUAAGUUGGUGUUGGCUGCUCGAUCUCCUAUAUUUAGAGCUGAGUUUUUUGAGGGGUUAAAUGAUGAGAAGGAUGAGAUUACUAUUCCUGAUAUGGAACCAGAGGUCUUCAAGGCGAUGCUACACUUUAUCUACAGAGAUACUCUGGUUGAUGAUUAUGUCUUGGCUGCAUCAAGUUCUGUUUCGUCUAUUUCUGAUACUUUGGCUGCAAAAUUAUUGGCAGCUGCAGAUAAAUAUGACUUGGGAAGGCUUAGGUUAUUGUGCGAAUCUUACUUGUGCAAGGAUAUAUCUGUAAAUUCUGUUGCGAGCACUCUUGCAUUGGCGGAUCGUCAUCAUGCCAUGGAACUUAAGGCAGUUUGCCUAAAAUUUGCUGCCGAAAACCUUUCAGUCGGAGCUUCUGAGGACGGUUGCCGGGUGUGAGGAGGAAUGCAGCAGCGGCGGCAAGAGCCAGAGCGUGUGGGCCCAGCUCUCGGAUGGUGGGGACACCAGCGGCCGCAGGGUGAGGGCGAGAAUCUGAUAAUCUGUACAAAUAGGUACCAACAACCUCUCUUGUAUGAAAAUAGACUCAGAUUAUUAAUGGUUGUCCAGGGUGGGGGGAGGGUGAGAAUGGAAUAACAUUGGCCUUGUGUUGUUUGUAAUCUCAUUGUGGACUCUGAUGAAAUGCCGCACUUAUUCACCGAAGGUGAGUGUAUAAGUAGCUAGGCCGCUGGAUCUUUCCUAAUACAAAAUGACUCCUUUAUUAUCUGUCGCUGUUGAUGGCUUCUAAAGAGGCUACCCUUCUCGCGGCGUGACCGUUGCUGCCGCUGAGAGGUUGCAGUUGCAGGUGAUAGCCUGCGCGACAUGGGGGCGGCACUGCUGCUGCAAGCUGUAAGCUGUGCGUAGUAAGUACUGGAUGGGGGUUAAUGACUUGUUGAUAUUGUUAGAUCCCUCGAGGUAGUCGUUUGCAUGUUUCUUCUAUACAACAUUCAACAAGAGCAAGUUUUUCAA